UGAGCACACAACUCCCCAGGCUCCGGUGCAACGUGGCGCCCUGGCUCCACCCAGUCAUUGAAUCUCGUCUGACCAAUAGGAAGCGGCGUGACAGCUGACAGCACAGGACGGCUCCUCGCACGGGAUUGGCUGCGAGCGGCUCCCAUCCCUCGACGGAGCAAUUCCUGUGCUGCUAUUGGAAUGGUGAUGGAGCCUCAUACAUUUCUUUUCGUGCUGCUUCUAUGUGCUGGAGAGGUGAUCUGUAAACCCACCUUUCGUAAAGAGCGGAUACGCCUGGACCCUGAGCUCAACACUCAGGCCCAUGAAGAGAACCAGAGCUUCCAGCAGGACCAUGAGGCCUUCCUUGGCAAAGAUGAGGCCAAGACAUUUGAUCAGCUAACUCCAGAAGAAAGCAAAGACAAGCUAGGGAAAAUCGUCAACAGAAUAGACGGGGACAGCGACGGGUUUAUAAGCACGGAAGAGCUGACGUCGUGGAUUAAACGAGUCCAGAAAAGAUACAUCUAUGAAAAUGUAGCCCGGGUCUGGAAGGACUACGACGUCAAUCAAGAUAACCAGAUUUCAUGGGAAGAGUACAAGCAGGCCACCUAUGGAUACUACUUGGCGAACCCGGAAGAGUUCCAGGACGCAGACCAGUUCAGCUACAAGAAGAUGCUGCCACGUGACGAGAGGAGGUUCAAAAAGGCCGAUCUUAACGGAGACAUGCAGGCAAAUCGAGAAGAGUUCACAUCAUUCCUCCAUCCGGAAGAGUUUGAGCAUAUGAAGGAUAUUGUUAUACUGGAGACCUUGGAAGAUAUUGACAAGAAUGGAGAUGGAUUUGUCGAUGAAGAUGAAUAUAUUGCGGACAUGUUCUCACAUGAAGAAGGGACUCCUGAGCCUGAAUGGGUGGCCACAGAGAGGGAGCAGUUCUCUGAUUUCCGGGACCUCGACAAAGAUGGAAAAAUGGACCAAGAUGAAAUCAGACACUGGAUUCUUCCCCAGGAUUAUGACCAUGCCCAGGCUGAGGCCCGACAUCUGCUUUAUGAGUCUGACAUCAACAAGGAUAAACUACUGACCAAGGAGGAGAUAUUAAAUAAUUGGAACAUGUUUGUAGGCAGCCAGGCUACAAACUAUGGAGAAGACCUUACCAGGAACCAUGAUGAAUUGUGAUCAAAAGACUGCACAGCUGUGAUAUGUUUUUUUUUUCUCCUUUCACUUGACUUCUACUAUACCAUAGUAUUUGCACCACCACAAUUAAUGCUUUCUUCAUUACCUCAAACUGGGGAUAAUUACCCAGGAUGUUAGUGUUCUAAAAAAAGCCUAUGAACAGAUUUUAAUGUGAUUAUGGAAACUGUCUGUUACAUUGUUCUUUUCUUCUUCUUUUUCUCGGUUUUAUGUUUACUGUAAGGUUGGCCAUAGAGGGGCACAUUAGGCGACUGUGUACAAAUAAUAUGACCAACAUAAGAUUAUUAAUUUGACCAACGUUGAAAUGCAGA